AUGGAGCUGCACGAAGAAAAGCAAAUGCUACUCGUCGAGAAAUCGAUGAUCGACCAGCAAUUGGCGCUGGAGACGGAGCUUCGAAAGAAUCUGCAGAAGGAGCUGCGUCAUCGCUGCGAGGAGCUGAACGAGCUUCGAAAAGAAGCGAUCGAGCUGCGCUCGGCCGCGUCGCAAACGCAGAAGCGAAUGAUCGAAGCGACGCGCGUUCUGUCUCCCUCGCUUCAGAUUUCGCCGCACGAAGUCCGUUCUCUCCUUGUCUGCGACAUUCGAAGAGAAUUCGCUCGCUGUCGGCGGCAGAACGCGACGCUGUUCGAAUCGGUCUGGCGCGACGCGCCGGUGGCGGUGAAGUCCAUCCCAAGCAACCCGAAAGAGCUGGACACUCGCUAUGACUGGCUGCAGCUCUGCGCGGUGUGGGCGAGCCUGCGCCAUCCCAACAUUCUCCCGGUCCUCUACGGCGUGCAGUUCGAGUCCUUCCAGUCCGCCGCGUUGGUCAUGGAGCUCUGUCCCGGAUCGCUCGAGGACGCCGUGCGCUACGCCCAGCAGCGAGACUUCCCGCUGUCUCUCGCGACGAAGGUCGGCUGGCUGCUGCAGAUCGCGCGAGCGAUCGGGUUUUUGCAUCACCAGGACCCGCCGAUCGCUCACGGAGGCGUCUGCCCGUCGAACGUGCUGCUGACGGGCUCGCUGGUGCCGCGGUUGACGGACAUCGGGGUGAGGUCGGUGGAGCGGGUGCUGUACGAUCGGAGCUUUGAAGGGGAGUUUGUGGCGCCGGAGGAACGGGGGAAGGAGGCGACGAGCUCGGUGGCGGGGGAUGUGUUCAGUCUGGGGAAGGUGAUUCGGAAUGGAGAAAUGGGGAAGGAUGCGGAGAAGGGGCUGAGCGAUGUGCUGAAAUUGAUGAUUCAUCGGUAUUGCAAUGAAAACCCGAGUAGUCGCCCGUCGAUUGAUGUUGUCGUGGAGGAUUUGGAGCGUUGGAAGAGAAGUGUGAGUAAAGAAAUCGCGUUAAGUGUGAAUACCACUCCGAGCCUGAUUUACAACAGGGAGAAUGGAAGAUUACAAUGGAAUGAGAGUUUUAUCGUCAGAGAUGGAUUAGGUAUAAAAAAGGAUUAA